UCAGCAUUGUUUAAUGCAGUUUUAACAAAACUGUUAAUGUAUCAAGUAAUAAAACAUGCUUUACUUUAAUCUCUUAGCGAUCAUGUGUCAAACAUUGUCAAUAUAUUCACAGAAAAGUGUAUUACCUCCGAAAUGUGGAUUAAGUGUUGGUUCCAAUUUUAACAAAAUUGUUGGAGGAGUUGACGCAGUUCCAGGAGAAUUCCCUUGGAUGGUUAUGGUUAAAAUAGAGAAGGGUGUUUGUGGGGGCACAAUCAUUUCAAGGAAACAUAUCCUAAGUGCAGCUCACUGUUUCGUUGAUAAAGAUAAUCACGAAAUGCGGCAUCCCACUGAUGUUCUUAUCUACGUUGAAAGAUUUCAACGAACUUUUGGAGGAAAAGCUGAAAAAGUGACAAAGAUUAUCAUCAGAAAAGACUAUAAUGUAGAAACUAGCGAGAAUGAUAUAGCUGUAUUAGAGCUUGUUAAUCCUUUGGUCUUCACUAAAACCCUUGGGCCCAUAUGUCUUCCAGAUACAUCCUUCAUCCUACAGCCUGGAGAACAGGUUUUGGCAACGGGAUGGGGUCAAGAGAAAUAUGAAGAGAAUCUGAGCAAAAACCUCAAAAAAGUGAAUUUAAACAUUUUUGCUUUGAAAAGGUGUGUUGAGAAAUACAAGGGUUUUUCUGAGAAGAUAAUUGGACCCGGAAAUAUUUGCACUUUGAAUAAGGAUGGCCGGGAUGCUUGCUUAGGAGACUCAGGGGGACCAAUGUCUAUAUUAAAAAAUGGACAAUUUUUACAGGUCGGGAUAACAUCCUGGGGAUAUAAAUGUGCUGAACCUGAUUAUCCCGGAGUUUGGACCAACCUCCCUCAUUUCAUUCCUUGGAUAGAGGAUGUCCUCCAGUAUACAGAGGAUGGCAGGAACUGUAGUUGUAAAGUAGCUGACAGCACUGAGCCUGAUAUUCAGAGGGUUGGGAGUACAGCAGGGUCCACGUUUAUCACCACCAGUUAUGCAUACAACUUUCAAUGCAUUAUUAUAGGAUUUAUACUUUUUAGUUUUUAUAUUCAUUGAUUAAAGGAACUGAGCUAUUGCCACAAACUCAAAUUUUCUAUGUCCUAUGU